CGCAUCGCAUCGCAUCGCACCGCACCGCACCGCACCGCACCGCGAGGGGGCGGCGGGGCGCGGCACAACGAAGUGCAGCGCAGUGCCAGCUCCUCACCCGGCGGGGACCGUGACCGGCAGGGGGCGGGGAGGGCUCGAGGCGCGCGCGGCCGCUGGUGCAUGCGGCGCGGGCCCCGGCCCGAUGGCGGCCACUGCCGCCAUGUCCCUGGGUAAUUACAGCAGCCUGAACCGAGCCCAGCUUACCUUCGAAUACCUGCACACCAACUCUCAGAUUUUUGCAUGUCGCCAGUGAAUCUCCCAGAAUAACACCUCUUGAAGAGGAGGCAAAGCCAUUUUUUAAAAUGAGUUUCUUCUGAGCGUAUGUCUAGGAAGCACCGUCAGGAAGUUGCACUUAGCAGGGUCAGGCACCCAUCAACACCUGCCUGCUGCUCCUACAUCACGUAUAUGUAAUGCCAUGUAUAGAUGAGAUGAAAGAGCUUGUUCUGCCCAAACUGGAAGAACUCUGUGGAACCACUUGGCAUUGCUUCAUUUUGAUCAGCUGGUCACCGACAUAAGAUUGUCUGCUGAUGUUCUGUGGAAGCGUUGACUUACUGUUAUCCAUCAAUUGAAGAACAAAUAAAGUGCAAGUUUAUCUUUUUGUUUCCCUUUUCAACAUGUGGAGGAUCACAGCAGUCUGCAGCAGUCCAAAGAUGGCAUAGAAACAUGGGCAACUUGGUUUCAAAGUAUUUUUGUCUGGUUCUGUUGGUAAUGAGAUACAUCUGCAAGAGUAGUUAAGACUAAUCUCACUUACAUGCACCAAGACCAUUGCAAUCCAUUUAUUUUCAGAAUCAGGAAAGUAAUGGGCUUUGAACAGGGGAAUAAACCUAAUAAUGGCUUCAUGUCACAUUCAGGUCUGCUCUCUAGCUUGACUAGUAGCAGUUGCAUAUGGAGUGAACAGUCUGGUGCCUGAAGAUGGACAAUACUGAGUCAUGCUGUGGUGCUGUUUUUGAUUUGUGAAAUUCUCAUGUCCAGCUCCAGAAGACCAUUUUUAUGGAUUAGAAGACCAUGCAGAUGAUUGCAGUGCUCUGUCAGCAGACUGUGUUUGCCUGCAGAGCUCCAGAACUCUGUCCAUCUUCAUAAGAAGAUAAAGCCUGUGCUGUAGAAAAGACCUGAGUUGUUGCUGCUGCUCUCAAAACUACCCAUGAGUUCCUGUUUGGUGCCCUUGCUGAACUUGUAGAUAACGCCAGAGAUGCAGAUGCCACGAGAAUAGACAUUUAUACUGCUUAGUCAUAUUGCAGGUGUAAAAGUCCCAUUUGUUGUGUUACUUCAGUUGUUAACACAGAUCCCAUUUUGUAGAACUUUUAACUUCUGCUUAUGGGAGCAAUGAGUAAGUCUUCCCUUGCAGAGCGACGAGAGGACCUGCGAGGUGGAUUCAUGCUAUGUUUUUUGGAUGAUGGAACAGGAAUGGAUUCAAAUGAAGCUGCCAGUGUUAUCCAGUUUGGUAAAUCAGCCAAGCGAUCACCUGAGUCCACUCAAAUCGGACAGUAUGGGAACGGCUUGAAAUCGGGUUCCAUGCGGAUUGGGAAGGAUUUUAUCCUGUUCACAAAGAAGGAUAACACCAUGACUUGCCUCCUCUUGUCACGGACGUUCCAUGAGGAAGAAGGCAUCAAUGAGGUUAUCGUUCCCCUACCUACCUGGAACACACGGAGCUGUGAACCCGUGACGGACAACAUGGAGAAAUUUGCUAUUGAGACGGAGCUCAUUUACAAGUAUUCCCCUUUCAAAUCAGAACGGGAAGUGAUGGACCAAUUCAAUAAGAUACGUGGUGAGAAAGGCACCCUGGUGAUCAUCUUUAACCUCAAACUAAUGGAUAAUGGAGAGCCAGAGCUGGAUGUGACUUCUGACCCUCAAGAUAUUCAGAUGGCAGAAACACCCCCAGAGGGAACCAAGCCGGAGCGCCGCUCCUUUCGUGCCUAUGCUGCUGUGCUUUAUAUCGAUCCCAGGAUGAGGAUCUUCAUUAACGGACACAAAGUACAAACCAAACGACUCUCAUGCUGCCUCUACAAGCCAAGGAUGUACAAAUACACUUCAAACCGUUUCAAGACCCGUGCAGAGCAAGAGGUGAAAAAAGCAGAGCACAUGGCGAGGAUAGCGGAAGAGAAGGCUCGUGAGGCAGAGAGCAAAGCGCGUGCCCUUGAGCUACGCCUUGGAGGGGAUCUCACUCGGGAGUCUAGGGUGACACUGCGUCAGGUCCAGAACUUGGCCAUCACCAUGCGGCAGGAGGCUGACGUCAAGAAAAGGAUUAAGGAUGCAAAGCAGCGGGCACUGAAGGAACCCAAGGAGCUGAAUUUUAUCUUUGGAGUAAACAUUGAGCAACGUGAGCUGGACGGCAUGUUCAUUUAUAACUGCAGUCGGCUGAUCAAGAUGUAUGAGAAGGUGGGCCCACAGCUGGAGGGUGGCAUGGCAUGUGGAGGAGUGGUAGGUGUGGUGGAUGUGCCCUAUUUGGUUCUGGAGCCAACCCAUAAUAAACAAGACUUUGCUGAUGCCAAGGAAUAUCGACACUUGCUGAAGGCCAUGGGAGAGCAUUUGGCUCAGUAUUGGAAGGAUGUCGCAAUAGCCCAGAGAGGUAUCAUCAAAUUCUGGGAUGAAUUUGGUUAUUUAUCAGCAAACUGGAACCAGCCUCCAUCUAGUGAACUGCGCUACAAACGCCGGAGAGCCAUGGAGAUCCCCACCACUAUUCAGUGCGAUGUCUGUCUGAAGUGGCGGACUCUCCCGUUCCAGCUGAGCUCAGUGGAGAAGAGCUACCCUGACAGCUGGGUGUGCUCCAUGAACCCUGAUCCUGAACAAGACAGAUGUGAGGCUGCAGAGCAGAAGCAGAAGGUACCACUGGGAACUCUAAAAAAAGAUUUGAAAUCAAAUAAGGAAAAGCAGAAGCAACUGACAGAGAAAAUCCACCAGCAGCAGGAAAAGCUGGAAGCUCUGCAGCACACCCGAGCUCAGCGCCCACGAUCUCCUCCUUUGCCUGAUGUCAUAAAGAAUGCUCCCAGCAGACCACCAGGAUCUUCACCUCCUCCCAAGUACUGCAGUCAGCUGAAAAAGAGCUCUUCAGAUCAUCCAAAUACCAGCUCUCCCAAGCUAGCCAGCAUGCUAUUCAAGGAGGAGGCCAGCACUUCCAGGACAUACCAUCAUACUGUGACAUCUGGGAAGUCUAACAGCACUUUAAAAACUCUUGCCAAACCAGGUACAAGCAUGAAGCCCCUCUCUGGCCUGCAGAGCCCCAAAAGCCCACGUGAGACACCCAAUCCAAAAGCUGCCAAGGUGCCAGCAGUAAGGAAAUCUGCCUCUGGCAGAUGUUUACAGGCCUCCAGCACUCGAAAGAGGGCCUUGAACAUCUCAGAGGAUGGGUCUGAGGAGGAGGGGGAACCCAAAAAGGAGAGGACAAAACGAGGAAAAUUUUUGGCAGUGAAAGAAGAGAAGGAUUCCAGUGAGGUGGUGGUGGAGCUCACAGACAGUGCUGGAGAGGAAGAGUUGCUGGAACUGAAGAAAGCACAGAAAGAUAAGGGGCUGCACGUGGAGGUGCGUGUGAACAAGGAAUGGUUCACAGGCCGUGUCACAGCUGUUGAAAAGGUCAGGCACGCAAUCCGGUGGAAGGUGAAGUUUGACUAUGUCCCUACAGACACCACACCAAGGGAUCGCUGGGUAGAGAAAGGCAGUGAGGAUGUAAGGCUUAUGAAGCCUCCCUCUCCUGAGUACCAGGCUCCAGACACACAACAGGAAGAGGAAGUGGUCAUGGCUGAACCUUCUACCUCAGACUGCGUCAGAAUUGAGCCUGACACCACUGGUCCCAGCAGCAGCCAAGAAACAGUUGACUUGCUUGUCCAGAUCCUUCGGAAUUGUUUGCGAUAUUUCUUGCCUCCAAAUUUUCCAAUCUCCAAGAAUGAGCUGAGUUCCAUGAGCUCAGAAGGGUUGUUGGCAUUUCCCUUGAAAGAAUAUUUUAAGCAGUAUGAGAUGGGUCUGCAGAACCUGUGCAAUUCAUAUCAGACACGUGCCGAUGCUCGGGCCAAAGCCUGUGAGGAAAACCUCCGGAACUCAGAGAGGAAGCUGAAGGAAACGGAGGAGAAACUGCAGAAGCUUAGGACUAAUAUCAUGGCCCUUCUGCAGAAAGUGCAGGAGGACAUUGAUAUUAAUACAGAUGAUGAACUGGAUGCAUAUAUCGAGGACUUGAUCAUGAAAGGAGACUGAACAGCUCCAGUACAAGUCCUGGAGAAGUGCAGAAGAGAUGGCUGCUACAAUGGGAGAUGCGGAUCUCUGCGCAGGUGGACUGGGGCAGCUGAUGAGGAGAGAGUGUUUUAGACAGCGCUCAUGUUGAUGUACAACUUGUUCCUGUGACUGUACUUGAGAAACAUUUGUGCUGUUUGCAGGAAAAUUUUUAACUUUGUAGUUCUCCGAAUCUCUUCCUUUUGUUUAUAAAUAUUUAUUUUUAAAAGAAAUGGGAACUGUGCCCGAUAUGAUGGGUGUUUUUAGUGAUGUAGAAGUGUGAGUACCCUUUUUGCUACGCAAGUAUAUUCAUAUGCUAAGCCUGGGAGCUCAGAGUACCCUGCUUAGCUUACUGGUUCUUUAGUAAGAACCUAGCAGAAACUUAAAAGUACGCCUUGAGUUGUGGCAGAGGUGGUCAGGGACUUUUGUGGAAGAUACUGAACUUGGGCUAGAGAAAGCCAAACCAUGAAUUGGAGUUAGGGACAGAAGAUGUCCAUGUAUGAGUGUGAGGGGAUGGAACCUCUGUGGAUCUCAGAAAUUUGGCACUGGCACCUGCUAUGAGCUUCCUGAACAGGAGGUCUCUGCAAGUAGGUGAAACCGCCACCAUGGUAACAGCUGAGAGGCUGAGGGUUCUUACAGAAGAGGAUCUACUUUCUGAUCUGCUUGCAGUGGGCUGUGAGCAUCAGAGAAUAGAAUGCUGGAGUUCACAUUCUCUGCUUGCAGUCACUUAAUCACUGACUUCGGCUGCUGUUUCUUUGAGACAUAAUUACAGUGUCAGAAGAACUUCUUGACUGCCUGACAAUAAAGUGACCCCUGUUCUAUA